GUCAACCGGAAGAAGUAUAAAAGACUUUUAUGUUGCAUUAGAUUCUUUAGUUUUGUAGGAAUUUUCACGCUGCUGUUACUUUUUACACACGUGUGAAGCCAUGCCCAAAGCUAGACAGAAGCGAGCAAAAAGACUGGGGUUCUGUGGUAAAAAGGCCAAAGCCUUUGAACAUCAGACAAACCCAAGAGGAGGAAGAAAAGAUCCUGCCUUGCCCAAUGUUCGUGACUUCAAAGAACACAAUCAGAAGCAAGCUGAACUUCGAAAAAAGAGGCUGGAGGAGCAGCACCAGAGGCAGCAGCUGUCCAGGGAUAGGGAACUUAUGAAGAGAAGGAGUCUUGAUAUCUUCCAGAAAGACAUCCAGGAGCGACAGCGAGAGUUUGAACAAAGGGAAAUUGAAAUGAAAAAUUUGGAGAAACAUGUUAGUUUUGAAAAUGAGAAUUCAAGGAAGACGUAUUACAGAGAAUUUAAAAAAGUAAUUCAAGUUUCAGAUGUUAUUUUGGAGGUUUUGGAUGCUAGAGACCCGUUAGGCUGUCGCUGUCCUCAAGUUGAGCAAGCUGUUGUCCAGAGUGGAGCCAAUAAGAAAAUUGUUCUUGUUCUUAAUAAAAUUGACCUGGUGCCCAAGGACAUUGUGGAAAAGUGGAUUAAGUAUCUUCGCAAUGAGUUCCCUACAGUGGCCUUCAAAGCUUCCACCCAGCAGCAGAACAACAAUUUGAAACGUAGCCGUGUGCCUGUGAGCCAGGCCACUCAGGAGCUCCUGGGCAGCAGUGCAUGUGUGGGGGCUGACUGUCUCAUGAAGCUGCUCAGCAACUAUUGCCGCAUCCAAGACAUUAAGACCACCAUAACCGUAGGAGUAGUUGGAUUCCCUAAUGUUGGAAAGAGCAGUUUGAUUAACAGUUUGAAGAGGGCACGAGCUUGCAGUGUAGGAGCUACACCUGGUGUAACAAAGUGUCUACAAGAGGUGCAUAUAGACAAACACAUCAAGAUUUUGGAUUGUCCUGGUAUUGUCAUGACAUCAUCAACCAGUGAUGCUGCUGUGAUUCUUCGGAACUGUGUAAAAAUCGAACAGUUAGUCGACCCAGUUCCAGCCAUUGAAACAAUUUUACGACGCUGCAGUAAGAAACAGAUUAUGGAGCAUUUUGGAGUUCCAGACUUUCACACGACACUCGACUUUCUGGCACUGCUUGCCCAUCGUCAGGGCAAGCUGAGAAAAGGUGGGCUGCCUGACAGCGACCAAGCUGCCAAGAGUGUUCUCAUGGAUUGGACAGGAGGACGUAUCAACUACUUCACACAUCCUCCAGAAACACAUGUACUACCAACACAUGUUAGUGCUCAGAUUUUAACUGAGAUGAGCAAGGAGUUUGACUGGGAUGAACUGGAGAAGGGCAACCAGGAGACCUUAGCUGAAUGUAACCCAGGAAAUGUUGAGAUGGCCUUUUGCAUGACCACAUCAGGAAUGACUGAAAUGGGCCAUGAAGAGCCAGCAGAAAUAGAAUCCUUAGACAUAGACUCCCAACACACAUCGGAAUCUGUGGAUGCAGAUGACGAUUCAGAGUUUGGACUCAUGACUGUCGAACUCCAAGCUGGAAAAACAAAAUCUGGUGCAGUGGGGGUUCCGGCUCCCAAGCCUGUUGACUUAGAUAUUCUAGAUGUUGACCCACUUCAGCAAGGCCAGGCACUUCUGGCUGCUAACAAGAAAAGGAAGAAGCAGCAAAAAAGAGCAGACAAACUUGCCACGAAACUCUCAGAUUCUCUCACGUCAGCCAUGAAUUUUGCCUUUCUGGACAGCUGAAAUUAUGAGAAACAAGUAGAACUCGACACCAGCAGUGUGAAAUGCCUCUCUCACCAAAAAGUCUGGUGGUUCUUUUUGUUAAUUUGUAUGCCUCAAAUACCAUUAAAAUAUACUUCAAACAGGAAGGAAGCAACUGAAGAUCUAUUUCAGACAUUUAACCUGGUGUGACUGUGACCCUGUUUGGAUCGAUUCCAAAAUCUAACCAGUUCAUCUGCUUACAAACAGUAAUUUCAUACUGAUAAAUCCUACAAAGGCUAAACCAUGCUUUAGGCAUGUAUAUUUCAGUGAUGUACAUGUGUUAAAUUCUAAUAAACAUAACUGCUCAUUCCUUA